AGAGAGAGAGAGAGAGAGAGAGAGAGAGAGAGAGGGAGAGGGGCUACAGGCUUUGAGAAUGGAGAAAGCAUGCUUUUAAAAAUCAGGGAUGGAAAGCUGGGAACAAGGGUCCACAUUUCUAUCUUACCACUUGGGAGGCAAAGGCAGGUGGAGUUCUGGAAAUUCAAGGCCAGCCUGGUCUACAUAUGAGUUUCAGGCUGUCAGUAAGUCCCUGGAGAGAGAGGUCGGAGGGGUAUGUAGCUAGGCAUGGUGGCACAGGGCUGUAAUCCUAGACUUGGGAGGUAGAGGCAGGAGGAUCAGGAGUCAUCCUUGGCUACAUAGUAAAUUUGAGGACAACCUGGCCUACAGGAGACCCUGUUACAGAGGGGAGCAAAGAACUAAGGACGUGUUUCCCAGAAAAAGGAACACAGCCAUAAUGCAAAUGAGCAGAAAAGGCAAUUUCCUUCCUCUUUUCCAAUCUUAGUUCCUAGCCCCUAGCAAAACCUCUUCAAUGUCUUAACGUUACAGAUUUUUACCAGCUUGGAGGUGACAUGUGGCACCUAACAACCCUGCUCCUUUGGGUUCCAGUUGGUGGACAAGUAGCCAAUGCCACAAAGGCUGUGAUCACCUUGCAGCCUCCAUGGGUCAGUAUUUUCCAGAAGGAAAAUGUCACUUUAUGGUGUGAGGGGCUCCACCUGCCUGGAGAGUCCACACAGUGGUUUAUCAACAGCACACUCAUUCAGAUCUCCACGCCUAGAUACAUUAUCACUAAGGCCACUUUCAAGGACGGUGGUGAAUACACGCGCCAGACUGGUCUCUUAAUGCCAAGCGACCCUGUACAGUUGAAAAUCCACAGAAGUUGGCUGCUACUCCAGGCCUCCCGCAGAGUCCUCACAGAAGGAGAACCUCUGACCUUGAGGUGUCAUGGCUGGGAGAACAAGCUGGUGUACAAUGUGAUUUUCUAUCGAAAUGGAAAAUCCUUUCACUUUUCUCGAGAUUCUGAGGUCACCAUUCUGAAAAGCAACACGAGUCACAAUGGCAUCUAUCACUGCUCAGGCAUGGGAAGAAACCAACGCUACACAUCUGCUGGAGUGUCUGUCACCGUGAAAGAGCUAUUUGCCGCUCCCGUGCUGAGAACGACCUUGUCGUCUCCCGUCCUGGAGGGGAGUCUGGUCACCCUGAGCUGUGAGACAAAAUUGCUCCUACAGAGCCCUGGCUUGCAGCUCUUCUUCUCUUUCUAUGUGGGCAGCAAGAUCCUGGAGGAGAGGAAUACAUCCUCAGAGUACCACAUACCAAGUGCUGGAAGAGAAGAUUCUGGGUUACACUGGUGUGAGGUAGUCACAGCGGAUGGCAGUGUCCUUAAGCGCAGCCCUGAGCUGGAGCUUCGACUACUUGGUCCCCAGUCAUCAGGCCCUGUCUGGUUUCACAUCCUUUUCUAUCUGUCAACGGGAGUAAUACUUUUGGUGGACACAGUUCUCUGUGUAAAAAUACAUAAAAAAUUGCAAAGAAAGAAAAACUACAAUUUAGAAGUCCUUUCGAAUCAGGGGAAGAAAGAAACUUCCUCUCAGCAAGUUAGAAGCGAUGACGUGUCUGAAGAAGAAAGAGACUUUGCAAGACAGACUACAGCCAAAGAGCCGCCGUGCAGCUCAGUGAGCGGCUGUAGACCUGGGCAGCCUUGACACCUUCCUCUCUGUGGCAGCGUGGGGGCACAAACUUCCACAAGUUGACUGACACGGAAAAUGGG